AUGUUAGGCGAUCGGAAGGUUUACUAUGGCAUUAUUUCGGAUGGUAUUCAUACACAUGACUCAGCCCUGAGGAUUGCCUAUAGGACCAGCCCUGAAGGACUGAUCCUGGUUACGGAUGCAAUAGCAGCAUUGGGAAUGGGUGAAGGACGCCAUAAACUGGGAGAUGUCGUGGUGGACGUUGUGGGACUUAAGGCCGUAGCGCGUCGCUUCAAUGCCGCAUUGUAUAAAACAUCUUGUCAAAGCAGCUCGAUGUCCUUUAGAAGAAGCACUCAUAUGCGCAACAAAGAAAAAGAAAUUCUUAGCAUCUGGCGACCCACCCUCCUUGGAAUCCAAGAUAGAAAAGGUAUCAUUGCUGUGAAUGCGGAUGCUGACUUGGUACUGAUAUCAGACAAUGUUGAUGUAAAAGCCACUUAUGUAUCUGGAAAACUUGUGUAUGCAAGAUAG